UUUUCGUCCUCUUGAAGAUUCUGAAUCAAAGUUAGAAGUUCUCUCAAUAUCACGAUGGGUUUUGGUGAUUUGAAAGCAAAAGCCGGUCAACAGUCCUUAAAUAACUACCUUGCUGAUAAAAGCUACAUUGAAGGGUAUGAGCCAUCUCAAGCAGAUGUUGUAGUUUUCCAAGCUGUUGGUGGUGCACCUUCUGCUGACCUUGCUCAUGCUUUGAGAUGGUACAAUCACAUAUUAUCAUAUGGCAAUGAUACUGCCGGUUUUAAUGGAGCAAAGAAACCCUUGUCAGCCUAUGGUCCUCCUGCAACUGAAGCAAAACCAUCAAAUGCUGCAGAUGAUGAUGAUGAUGAUGAUGACGAUGAUGAUCUUUUUGGGAGUGACAAUGAAGAAGAAAAGGCAGCUGCAGAAAAAUUGAAACAAGAACGAAUUGCUGCAUACAAUGAAAAAAAGGCGAAAAAGCCUAAAGUUGUUGCAAAAUCAAACAUCCUACUUGAUGUGAAACCUUGGGAUGAUGAAACAGACAUGGUUGAGGUUGAACGAUUGGUUCGAAGCAUUAGUAAAGAUGGUUUACUGUGGGGUGCAAGCAAACUUGUUCCUCUUGCAUAUGGAAUAAGGAAACUGCAAAUAUCCUGUGUUGUUGAAGAUGACAAAAUUAGCACAGAUGAUCUUGAAGAAGAAAUCACCAAGUUUGAAGAUCAUAUACAGUCCAUGGAUAUAGCUGCUUUUAAUAAGGUUUAGACAGUGGGAUUGGAAAUGAAUGAGAGAAUUUAAAA